AUCAAGAACGCUUGGCCUAUCUGAGCUCGAUUAGCCUCACUUGGCGGUUCCGGUGCCGCGCUGGCCGUUCGUUCCUCCUGGAGAUGCGGUGACGAGUUGGGCUUUGGCUCGUUGGGUGGCCGUCAUGGCUAAUGUGUAUUCCCUGGACGGGCUCUUGGUCUUCGGCUUGCUCUUCGUUUGCACCUGCGCCUAUUUCCGGAAGGUGCCUCGCCUGAAAACCUGGCUUCUCUCGGAGAAGAGGGGCGUCUGGGGUGUAUUUUACAAAGCGGCAGUCAUUGGUACCAGACUUCAUUCAGCAGUGGCAAUAUCCUGUAUUGUCAUGGCUUUUUAUGUCCUCUUUGUAAAAUGAAUCCCACUGCUUCAGAUGGACAACUGUUUAAAUGAAGACACUAUAUGCUCUUUUGCUUCAGAGGGCUGUACCUCCUAGCAGAAUUCAUAAGAACCUAUACAGAUGGCAAGAAGAAAUUCUUCUGUGGCCAUGUCUUGCUUGAGACCAAGGGAAUGUUGUUUAGAUAGAACGUCUAAGAGAGUUUCAACAAAAAUCAAAGGAUUGUUUUAUGUGCAGAUUAUUAAAACUAAUAUUAGUCUAUACAAGAGAAAUAUUGCAGGUUUGUGACAAGUAGAAAUGAGUGAUGCUUUUUCCAGAGUUUGAUAUAACAUGAAAGUGGAAAGGUUACUCUAGUGUUUCUUUUGUCCCCAAAAUGUAGUAGCAUUGAAAGGCUGUAAUUUUUUUUUCUUUACUAUACUUUGAACCCAAACUCAUAACAGGAAUAACUGAAGAUGAGAAACUAGCCAAUGAUAGAAAAAAAACAUUUGUGCGUUGUGGAAUUCUUGAAGAAUUGAAACAUAAAGGAAACAAAAUACAAUUUGGUGGUGUUCACUUAUCUUUUCCUAUAAUUAAUCUUGCCACCUCAUAUAAAUUGCUGAGUAUGGUUAAAAUGUCAUGUUAUUUUGUAGAACCCAGUUUGCAAGUAAGAAUUAAAAGAACUUAAAAUGUUGAUAUGGUAUAGGAGAAAACAGUGGGGGCUUAUGCUGUUACAUAAGAUGUGAGUUGCUAACAUGUUUACAUUACAUAUAAAGAUAACAUGUAUAUUUUGAGACGUAUACAUAUUA